AUACGUGAAUAUAUAGUGUGGACCUCAAGCGCGGCAGUAUCAUGGACACCUCCUAAAAGAGUAGAAUAUUGUGUUAAAGGAUAGAGACAGAGUGGAGGGGUAGAAAUUUUUGGUGCCAUAAUCUUUCAGGAGUUUACUUUAUGAUGGUUACCAGAUGUUGAACUUUAGUUUGUCUCUGUUGCUCUGGUGGUGUACUGGUUUUACUUCGACCUCCAGUCUACAAGGAUUCUUAGUCUUAGCCAGACAGACCUUUGUUAAUUUGCAUUUUAACACGCGCACACACACACACACACACCAAAAGUAGCUAAUAUAUCCUUUUACAGGGGCCAUCUAAUGGCAUGCUGUAUGCUUCAGAUUCAAUAUUAAUUGCCAUGGAAAAUUCCGUCACUCCCACUCACUAUCUCAUUUAUAUUCUCCCUCAAGUAUCCCCAAUUUUACUCCACCAACUCCAACCUGACAUUUUGAGGUAUAUAGAUUACCCACCUGCAAACUCUAUAUAUACUGCAGAUGGGAAUAGUUGGGGCAGGCUUGAAAAUACUCUUCGCCGCUUCUUCUUCCUCAAGUUUACAUAUAUACAUACAAAAUAUCAAAGCUUUGGUAAGCGAAUUUUUUUUGCCUAAACCACAUUGAUUAAUAAUUAUAAGCAUACAUACGUAGAAGAUAAGAGUCAUAAGACCAAGAGUAGCUUACCAACUUUCUAUCUUUCUUCUAGAUGACCUCAUUUUUCUAUCCCUUCUCCUUCAUCUAAACCUCAAUCUCACCCUCUUUUGUCACGUCCACUAUGAAGCCUAUGAAGGUAAUUUUAACGUAAUGUAUUUCUCUAUAAAAGCCAAACGUUGAGCCCGAAUCUCCUUUGUUCUGUCUCUAGCUAAGCAGCAAAUAUAUAUAUAUAUAUAUAUAUAUCCUUGGAAACAAACUUAUUCAACACAAAGGAGAUGGGCUACUUUCGGGGCUGUAAGUCCUUGUUCUUGAUGCUCAUGAUCAUCACCGUGUUCAUUGUGUGCUGUCUUCGAACAUCGACAGCGGAAGAAGGUAACGGUAAUGGUAACCUGUUGUAUCAGUUAUUAACGAGAGAGGAGUUGGUACAUAUGGCUGGAUAUGGAGAGGAGAAGCUAUCAACCGUGCUGGUUACAGGCACUGUUGUUUGUGAAGCUUGUCUGCAUGGCGAAGAUCAACUUCGUUCAUGGCCAAUAUCAGGUGCUCUGGUGACUGUUAACUGCCAUAACAGCAAUAGGAGAACCAUAUCAAACUCUCAGGCUGUUACAGAUGAAUAUGGUGAUUUCAUGAUUGAUCUUCCUUCCCAUCUGCAUGCUAUUACGCACUUGGAAAAGUCGUGUUCAGUUAAGGUUCUUCGAGUACCCAGGAACUCACUCUGCAGACCAACUUACAUUAACAGGCACAGAGGAUUGACUUUGUCAUCGGUUGGGAAUGGCAUCCGAACUUAUGCAACCGGGAGAAUAAAGUUACUACAUUUGACAUCAAAAUCCUUAGGAGCAUGUAACAGUAAAGGAAGCAGUGACAAACAGAUUGGAUGGUAGAUACACAUUGGUCUACAAGCAGAUUGGGAUUUGACAUCAUGGCUCACAGAUGGCGCUUCAGUCACAGCACAAGAGUUGCAAGAGUUCUAUCCCCUCCGGCUAUGAGUUCUGAAAGUGUGUGUAUAAAUAUAAAUAUA